GGCUGCCGAGCACCCCCUCCUCGCCCCCCUCCGACCCCCGCCCGUUGUCGCCGUCGACUUGAGGCCGGGUCCGCCUCCUGGUCCGCCGACGGACAGAGGGACAGAGGGUCCCAGCGUCGCCAUGUCGCCCAGGCCGACCCCGCGCGCGCCCCUGCUGCUGCUCUUGCUGCUGCUGCUGCUGCUGUCUCCGGCCGUGGCCGUGGAUGGAGCCUUCUUGAGCCCCACGGCUCUUGGGCCCAGCUCCGAGGCCCUGGUGCAGCAGCAGGCGGAGAGCAGAGGUACUGGUGUCCCUGAGACGGCACCCACCCGAGGAUCCGCCAACUCCUCCACCCGGCCAGCACCCAGUGCCAUGGUGGAGUCGGUCACCAUAGUGCCAACCACCAAUGGCUCUGUCACCCUGUCCCCCACGGAGCCCCCCACCCCGCCCCCCACAAAGCCCCUCUGCCCUGGCCCUGUCGCCCCCUGCUCCAGUGCGGACACUCAGGUGGCAAAGGUCGUCCUGGGGGAUGCGCUGACCGACUUCUCCCUGAAGCUGUACCGUGCCUUUGCCGCUGCGAAGAACACGGAAACCAACAUGGCCUUCUCCCCCUUCAGCAUUGCUAGUCUCCUCACACAGGUCCUGCUGGGGGCCGGGGACAGCACCCGGAGCGGCCUGGAGAGCGUCCUCUCCUACCCGCAGGACUUCGCCUGCGUCCACCAGGCCCUGCAGGCCUUUGCAUCCAAGGGCGUCAGCUCCGCCUCCCAGAUCUUCCACAGCCCAGACCUGCCCAUCAAGGACAGCUUUGUGAAUGCCUCCCAGCGCCUGUACGGCAGCAGCCCCCGGGUGCUGGGCAAUGACAGCACUGCCAGCCUGGCGCUCAUCAAUGGCUGGGUGGCGGAGAGCACCAACCACAAGAUCAGCCGGCUGCUGGACAGCCUGCCGCCCGACGCCCGCCUGGUGCUGCUCAACGCCAUCUACCUGAGCGCCAAGUGGAAGCAGCCCUUUGAGCAGCAGAAGAGGCUGGAGACCUUCCACCUCAGGAACUCGGUCAUCCAAGUGCCCAUGAUGAGGAGCAAGAAGCACCCGAUGGCACACUUCAAUGAGCCCACCCUGAGGGCCAAGGUGGGGCAGCUGCAGCUCUCACACAACCUGAGCUUCGUGAUGCUGGUGCCACAGAGCCUUCGGCAGCCCCUGGAGGACCUGGAGCAGGCACUGAGUCCCACGCUCUUCAGGGCCAUCAUGCGGAAGCUGGAGAUGUCCAAGUUCCAGCCCACGUACCUGGUGAUGCCACGCAUCAAGGUGACGGGCAGCCAGGACCUGCUGCCCAUCAUGGAGAAGCUGGAAUUCUUCAACUUCGCCUAUGACCUCAACCUGUGUGGGGUAACGGAGGACGAGGACCUGCAGGUGUCGGCGAUGCGGCACCACACGGUGCUGGAGCUCACUGAGACUGGCGUGGAGGCGGCCGCAGCCUCCGUGGUCACUGUGGCCCGAAAUCUGCUGAUCUUCGAGGUGCAGCAGCCCUUCCUCUUCCUGCUCUGGCACCAGGAGCACAAGUUCCCCGUCUUCAUGGGCCGGGUCUAUGACCCCAGGGCCUAGAGCCGGGAGCUUGGCGGGGGCCAUCGCUCCUGGCUCCCGGGUGCAGCCUUGCUGCUGCUGCCUCCCUCCUGGCAGCCCCUCCCAUGGCCCUGCACACUCUGCUCAGCACUUUUUCGGCUUUCUCUGGUUCAGGUCUACCAGGCCCUACAAAUAAAAGCUGGCCAACCAUGA